AUGUCGAAUGGGAGGAGGGGAGUGGUAGAGAAGGAGAAACAAGGAGAACCAGAUUGGAGAGAAUGGACGGUGAAAGAGAAGCUGAGUUUCCAGUUUUUUCUUGUGAUUGAUUCUAAGUUGUCCAUCAAUAAUUCUAGGAGAUCGACAAAAAAGAAUGAAAGAAGCGGAAAACCAGACUUGCACUUUGAAGAUGAAGACGAAGAAGAUGACGAUAGCAGAGAAGGAAAACAGAAUUGCAUCAACAAAUGUUUUGAUGCCUUGUUGUACAGCCUGGGUUUAUUAUCAGGUGCACUGAUGGGUAUUUGCCAGCCUUUCAUACUAGUGAUGUAUGGAGAAUACACCACCUCGCUCAUCUCACGAUAUACGCCCAACUCAACUGAAGAGAAACUCUACUUCCUGAGCCAAUUUGGAGGCGGACAUUUCAAAUAUAAUAUGACCGAAGAUGAACUGCAUGAAUUUGUUCUGGAAGAUUCGAAAGCUUUCGCCUGGGGCUGUGGCCUCCUCGCCUUGAUUCAGUUCAUUACUGGAGUCAUAACUGUUCUCCUUCUCAACUAUAUCUCACAAAAAAGGAUAAGCCUGAAGAGACAACAGUUCCUAAAAGCAGUUUUGAGGCAAGACGUGGGGUGGCAUGACACCCAGCAUUCAUCAACUAGCAUAUCUGCCUCAUUAGCUGAAAUCGAGAAAAUAAAAGAAGGAACCGGAGAGAAGGCAGGGAUAUUUGUUUACUUGCUGUCUUCGUUCAUCUUCAAUGUGGUCAUCUCUUUCUUCUACGGCUGGAAACUCACCCUGGUCAUGACAAGUCUUUGCCCUAUCUUCAUUGGAGCGGCUGCCGUUGUUGCUAAGAUGCAAAGCUCUAUGGCAGCGAAAGAGUCAGAUAGUUAUUCAAGGGCUGGUGGGGUGGCGGAGGAGGUGUUAUCAGCCAUCAGGACUGUUACCGCUUUUGGAGGAGAGGAGAAAGAAAUUAAAAGAUUCGAAGAAGAGCUAGAAGACUCUAAGCAAGUGGCUAUGCGGAAUGGUAUCUACACAGGACUGGGAACUGGCAUAACAUGGGCGUUGGUAUUCUGCUCUUAUACUCUGGCAUUCUGGUACGGAACACCCCUGAUUUUGGCCGAUAGAUACAAGGAAGACAAGGACUAUUCACCUGGAGUUCUAGCUAUUGUCCUAUUUGGUGUGACAAUUGGAGCAAUGAAUAUUGGUUAUACGUCACCGUACAUUGAAGCAUUCGUGAAAGCUCGUAACGCUGUGGUGAGGGUGGACUCAGUCAUGAGUCGAAAAUCUAAAAUAAAUCCUUUCUCCCGUCAGGGAAAACGGCUGUCACGAUUGGGAGACAUCGAGUUCAAAGAUGUUUAUUUCAACUAUCCGGCCAGGCCUAACGUCAAG